UUCUAACGAGUGUAAACUUCUGAACAUUUUCAAAAUGGAACAAGAAGAAAUGGAGACAGAAAAUCAAAAUCAAACCCCUUUAGGAACCGUCCAGGAUGCUGUCGAGUGUCUCUAUACAUUUCGGGACCACUACUUUGAGAAUCAUAGUCUUGAGGAAGCUGCUAAUAAGACAGAAAAGGUUGCCAAACAACUCAAAGAAACACUGAACAUUUUGGAAACGCAUCAAGGUUCAAUAGAAAACAAAGCACAGUACUGCAUGUUAAGAGGCAAGGCCCUGAAUGUGCUACCAAGCUACAGUGCUGAGGCUCUGGAACUCUUAUCAAAGGCAGUCAAACUUGAUCCUAAGAUGGUAGAAGCUUGGAACAACCUUGGAGAAACAUACUGGAAAAAGGGCGAUAUCGCUGCUGCAAAAAAUUGCUUCUCUGGAGCCUUAGAACAUUCUAAAAAUAAGAUCUCACUUCGUAAUCUCAGUAUGGUUCUACGUCAACUUGGGAAGGAUCAGGAAGAGCGUUUAAAGUAUACCGAAGAAAGUGUCGAAUUUGCCAAAUCUGCGAUAGAAUUAGACAUAAAAGAUGGCACCUCAUGGUUCAUCAUGGGAAAUGCAUACCUCUCUCUGUUCUUUGGCAGCAACCAACUACCCAAGGUCCUGAAACAAUGUAUGAGUGCUUACAACCAAGCAGAAAAAGAUAUAGUUGCCAGUUGUAAUCCUGAUCUCCACUUCAACAGAGCUAUAGCCUAUAAAUACAUGGAAGAAUACCAGCUUGCAUUGGUGGGGUUCUCCAGGGCUGCAGCAUUAGACCCCACUUGGGGUGAACCCAUGGAGAAACAUAAUAAACUGUUAGAAUAUUUAGCCACCAUACAGGAUUAUACUCACAAAAAAGGAAAACUAAAAGGAAAGAAACUAGAGACAAUGUUGAAAAGUUUAAAAGGGGAUCAAGAUUUAGGAGCAUAUCAAGGAGGAAGUUAUAAAGGACCAAAGGGACAGACAGUCAAAUUAGAAAAAACAUUCCUGAAAAAUUUAAAACCAGAGUUGAAUUCUGAAAAAGUGAUCAUUGGAAAAGUAGUGUGCAGUUUUACUUCUGAUGAUCCCGUUCCCUUCUCAUUCUGUUUUGUUGAUGAGGAAGAGACAUGCUUCCCUGUGAAUGUGUAUAAUGUUGCUCCAGGCUAUGGUGUGAAGAUAGGAGAUUCUGUUGCGAUACCUGAACCAUUUGUUCAACUAGUUGAUGUUAAAGUAGGAGAACAGGCGUUCCAGUUUAAAAGCAUUAGAGUUGACAGUCCUGUAGUUCUGGUAGUGAAUGGCAGGAAAUUAGGCCUAGAUAAACAAGCUCCUUCACAAUUAUCUGUCAGUGCCAAGAGUGAAUAGCAUAACAUGGUAACACCCCCACAGCAUGAUAUAAACUUGUCCAAAUUGGAAGCUGGACUAGCCCAAGUGAUAUAAAAAGGGGCGAUGUUUGAAGAUCAGUACAAAAUAUACUUUCUCUAAAUUAGCUGUCAAUGCUAAGCAUGAGGUGCUAAAAGUGAUAACACCCCUUUAAAUUGAUAAACAUGUAAACUGAUCUUAUCUGGAAUAUGGUGGAGUCAGUGACACAAAUGAAGUUUUAACUUUUGCACAAACUUAGUUUGUGAUUUUGGAGAUUGACAAUAUUCCGUCCAUAAUACGUUAGUGUCAGUGCCAAAUGGAAAACAUAAUUUAUAAAGCGAACAUUUCUUAGU